AUGAAACUCAACAUCCCAUGGCUAUUAUGGGCCAUAAUAUCCUCGGUCUACGCUCUAGAAGCCGCCGAGGCCAUAUCGCCGGAAAAACAGCUCAGCACCUCCGGCCACACCAACAAUUGGGCCGUUCUUGUGUCGACGUCAAGGUUCUGGUUUAACUACAGACACAUGGCCAACACGCUCAGCUUGUACCGUACGGUGAAACGGCUCGGUGUUCCCGACUCGCAGAUCAUCCUUAUGAUGGCGGACGACAUCGCCUGCAACCCCAGAAACGCCUUCCCAGGAACAAUCUUCAACAACAUGGACCAGGCGAUCGAUCUCUACGGAGACGACAUCGAGGUCGACUACCGCGGCUACGAGGUGACCGUCGAGAACUUUGUGCGGUUGCUUACGGACCGCUGGGACGAGAAUCAGCCCCGGAGCAAGCGGCUACUCACAGACGAGAACUCCAAUGUGUUCAUCUACUUGACCGGGCACGGCGGCAACGAGUUCUUGAAGUUCCAGGAUGCGGAGGAGAUUGGCGCGUACGACUUGGCCGACACGUUCCAGCAGAUGCACGAGAAGAAGCGGUACAAGGAGAUCUUCUUCAUGAUCGAUACUUGCCAGGCCAACACCAUGUACCUGCGGAUAUAUUCGCCCAACAUUCUCUGCGUGGGCUCUUCCAGACUCGACGAGAGCUCGUACUCGCACCAUUCCGACAUGGAUGUUGGUGUGGCUGUCAUUGAUCGUUUUACGUACUACACGCUAGAGUUCCUCGAGAAGAUCGACAAGAACUCGCAGACUACCAUCGACAAGCUCUUUGAGGAGUACACGUUCGAGAACGUGCACUCGCAUCCGGGCAUCCGCACCGAUCUCUACGGCAGAGACCCUGCUACCGUCAGACUUACCGACUUCUUUGGAAAUGUGCAAGAGGUCACCGUGCGCGACAAAAACGAGCUGCUUCUCUCCACGGUCAAAAGCACACGCAUGCAAGAGGGACAAUUGCCGGUGGACGACCAUGAGAUCUUGCGGAUUCCCAUCUCGAACAAGGGCUACGAGUCUACUGCCUUGCACCAGGUCUCGAAGAAGGAGUCGCAGAUCAUCAUGGCUGUGCUGGUUGCAUUUUUGGGGCUUAUUUGGGCCGUUUCCAAGGAGUAG